AUGGCGGCUCCCUUGACUCUACUUCUGAUUGUAGCCGUAACAAUCCGUGCGGUUCUGUACCGAUCCAGUUUAGCGGAGCUGAUUGCGGAGCGGGUGGAGGUGGUGUCUCCUAUAACCGCCUGGAAGCGAGUUGUUGAAGGCUUGGCCCUGCUUGACCUGGGAGUUUCACCGUACGCUGGUGAUGUGUUCCACGAGACGCCACUCGUCAUUUAUCUCUUCCACUUUUUGGUGGAUUAUGCAGAAAUCACAUUUAUGCUGGCAGACGUGAUCACUGCUGUUGCUCUUUACCUUGCUGUGAAGGACUACAACAAACAAGUGUUCAGAAAACAGAAGUUUGCCCUGGAGGCAGAUCGUUACCCUCACGACUGUCUGGAGCUCAUCAGAAGCCCCAAAGAAAUGUUUUACAUCCCUCUGAAAGUCGCCAUGUUUUACCUGCUGAACCCGUUCACCAUCUUGUCCUGCGUGGCCAAGUCGACCUGCGGCUUGAACAACGCCGUCGUCUCCCUCUUCAUCCUCGCAACAAUAAAAGGAAACGUCCUGCUGAGUGCCGUGUUUCUGUGUUUGGCCACUUAUCAGUCCAUAUAUCCCCUCACACUGUGCGCUCCAGCCAUGCUGUAUUUGAUGCAGCGUCAGUACGUCCCGGUGAACGUUAGACGGGCCAGCUUCUGGUGGUUUGUCGUGCAGUAUCUCUUCAUGUACCUCGGCAGCCUGCUCGUCCUCAUCUGCCUCUCUUUCUUCCUGCUCGGCUCCUGGGACUACAUGCCCUCCGUUUAUGGCUUCAUUCUUUCAGUCCCGGACCUGACUCCGAACAUCGGCCUCUUCUGGUACUUCUUUGCUGAGAUGUUUGAGCAUUUCCGCCUGUUCUUCCUCUGCGUUUUCCAGAUCAAUGUUUUCUUUUACACCAUCCCUCUGUCCAUCAAACUCAAGGAGCACCCCGUGUUUCUGAUGUUCAUGCAGUUAGCGGUGAUCUCCAUCUUUAAGUCUUACCCCACCGUGGGAGACACCGCCCUCUACCUGGCCUUCCUUCCUGCUUGGGCUCACCUGUCCAGAUUCUUGAGGAACAUCUUCCUGGUGUCCUGCGUCCUGCUGGCCUGUUCGGCUCUGUUUCCCGUUCUGUGGCACCUCUGGAUCUACGCCGGCAGCGCCAACUCCAACUUCUACUACGCCAUAACGCUGCUGUUCAACGUGGCGCAGAUCCUGCUGGUGUCGGAUUAUUUCUACGCCUUCCUGAGGAGAGAACACCACCUCACCAGUGGACUUUAUCUGAAGAAGAAGGACGGCUCCGAGGCCACGUUGGUACUGAAAUAAAACACAACCUCCCCAGGGAAGAGCAAACUACUGAAACUCUCCUGAAAGAGAACAAACUGAGAACAAUAAAAGACUUGAGAGCUGCGCAGACACAACCAAAGCACACAUGCAGAACGUGUGCACGGUACAACUUCACAUGUGGACAUCAGAACAGCUGCUUCUCUACUGGGGCACUCUUAAUCUGAAGCAUCCUGGAAUUUAGCCCCCUAAUCUGGGCUUUUCUUUUGAAAGUCUCUUUUUUUCAUCACCGACUU